AUGUUUAGAAAUUCAUUAUUAUUAUUAUUUGGAACUGCCAUUUAUUUGUUAGCAUUAUCACCAAUAGCUAUAGAGGCUCAAAGACCUGGUUACCCUCCAGUAGAUACGCCGCCGCCACCUGUCGCAGCUUGGACUGCUCUUGUUGACUCUUCUAAAGUUCCAAAUGCUCCUGUCAGAAAAGUAGGCGAUCCUUGUGAUCCUAAAGAUCCAUUUUGUUAUUGGUCAUGUACUAAUUGUGUAAAAAAUGAGACUGAUGUUAAAAUUUGUCCUCAAAAAGGAGAUUGGGGUAUUACAUAUGAUGAUGGUCCUUCACCAUUUACACCAACAAUUUUAGACUAUCUUGGGUCGAAGGGUUUGAAAGCAACAUUUUUUGUUAUUGGUUCCAGAGCUACAAAUCAUCCGGAUGUUUUAUUGCGAGCAUCUAAAGAAGGGCAUCAAAUCGGAAUUCACACUUGGUCACACACAUCAUUAACGACCCAAACAAACGAAGUAAUCAUAGCUGAAUUAAAAUGGACCGAAAAAAUCAUCAAAGAAAUAACCGGACUUACUCCCAAAUAUAUGAGACCGCCAAGAGGUGAUUAUGAUGAUCGUGUAAGGAAUAUAGCAAAACAGUUGGGUUAUAAGUCUGUCAUAUGGGAUCACGAUACCUUUGAUUGGAUGUCUCAACAAGAUCCAACUUACGAUUUAAAUUGGAUACCAGCAAAUUUCACACAAUGGGUAAACGAAGCAUCAACAACCGGUCAUGUUUCUUUGGAACAUGAUUUGUACCAACAAACUGUUGGAAAGGCUCCCAAAGCCAUUGAUAUCGUUAUUGGUGCUGGAUUUAAGAUUAAAACAAUUGCUAAUUGUACGAACGAACUUCCUUAUCUCGAAAAUUUAAGAAUUCAAUUGAGUAAUAAACAAAAUGAAACUAUUAAAUAUCAAGAAAUGUUAAAUAAAAGAACAAGCGAAUUGGAAAAAACAAAAGCAGAAUAUGAUGAAAAAAUGAAAAAAACAAGAGGCAUAUUCAAUGCAGCUAACAAAAGUUUAACGGAUUUGAGACAAACGGUGGCAACAAAAGAUGCCGAAAUUGAAGAGUUAAAAGCAUCUUUAGAAAAAUUAAAAUUAAAAGAUGAGAAAACAAAAACCUCAGUUGAUGAAAAAUCGGUGGAAAGGCUGACAACAGAAAUACAUAGUCAGACUGCAAUGUAUAAUGCACAGAUUGAACAAUUGGAAUCAAAAUUAAGACAAUCAACUCAACAAAUUGCUCAAAUCAAAUUAGAAUUUCAACAAUAUAAAACUAGAGCACAUGCUUUGCUUGAACAAAAAAAUCUCAAUGAAAAUUCCAGCUCAGAAAAAUCAGAAUUAAUAAUUAUAAAUAAAAAAUUGGAUUUUGAUCUAAGUCUCAAGGUUAAUGAAUUGAAAAAUGUGAUGGAGAGAUUGCAUUUAUCAGAGAAUAAUUACAAACGCAUUGUAGAGAAUCUUUCUGAAGAAAAUGAAAAUUUGAGAAAAGCACUUCGAGAAAGUGAGGAAAAUUAUAAAUCUAACAUUGAAGAUUUUCAAGAAAAAUUCGAGCAAUCAACAGAAAAUGUUCAAAAAAAUCUUGUUAAAAAACAAGAAGAAAGUGAUGAGUUGCAAAAAAAUUCAGAGCAACUUGGUGAAGAAUUACUCAGAAUUCGUGCAGAAUUGGAGGCACGUAAUGAACAAAUAGAAGAAUUACAAAAACAAAUUUCUAAUAAUAAAUCAUCUUCAUCUCCACCACCAUCAGCUAUUCGUACCCAUUUUAGAAAAGAUAGUAGUAGAGCACCUUCACCAUCAUCGCCAUCAUCAUUAUCUGGUCGUACUAGUUCAACUCAUAGUUAG